AUGGCGCUUAAAUUUGGUUCUUCGUUUUCCUGUUUGGCAACUUCUCUUGUUUCCCAUUGCCAAACGAGAAGAGGUUCCCAGUUGAGCUUAUCACGACCACCGUACUGCAGCCAAAAACAUGAUGCUCAGCAGCUAAGAUAUGCUAAAGGUAAGUCAUGCAUAUUCAUACAGCGAGUACAGAAGUCAAUCAACAGAAUCCCAAAGAGUCGGAGUGUUCUCUUCGCUGUUUCUGAAGACCAGUCACAAUAUAGUGAGAUAAAACCAGAUGCUGCAGAGCAAGAGAACCAUCGUCCUGAUUCCGAAGAUAUAUUUCCAGCUAGUGGUUCAUACUUCCAUUUUGAUGGGACUGAUGGAAAACCGGGUUUGAUCUCAUUCUAUAACCGCCCAUAUAAAAGAGAAGAAGAAGUUUCUACAAAUAAUCCAGAAAGGAACCAAAACAACCUCUUAUGGUUCAUUGGUCCAGCUGUUCUUCUUGCGUCUUUCAUUUUCCCCUCACUUUAUCUGCGAAAAAUCCUAUCAACUGUAUUUGAGGAUUCUUUGUUGACAGAUUUCCUCAUCUUGUUCUUUACGGAAGCUAUCUUCUACAGUGGUGUUGCGGUGUUCCUUCUUCUGAUUGACCAUUUAAGGAGGCCAACUGAACCAGAAUUGAUUGUCCCCAGUAACAGAACCCUCACCCCUCAAUUAGGACAGCGGAUCUCAUCUGUUGCUGCUUUGGUGCUUAGUCUUAUAAUUCCUAUGGUGACUAUGGGUUAUGUCUGGCCAUGGACUGGCCCUGCAGCUUCUGCUACUCUUGCUCCAUAUCUGGUUGGUAUAGUGGUCCAAUUUGCAUUUGAGCAGUGUGCAAGAUAUAAGAAGUCACCUUCAUGGCCUGUUAUCCCAGUCAUCUUUCAAGUUUAUAGAUUGCAUCAGCUGAAUAGAGCAGCACAACUGGUGACUGCUCUGUCAUUUACAGUCAGAGGAGCUGAGACAACCUCACACAAUUUGGCAAUAAACAGCUCAUUGGGAACACUUUUGAAUGUCCUUCAAUGUCUUGGUGUCAUCUGCAUUUGGUCUCUCUCAAGUUUCCUAAUGAGGUUCUUCUCUUCUACCACCGUCGCUGCACAGUGA